AUAAAGGAAAAAAAAAACGUAAAAAAGAAACCCCUCCCUCACAGAACCAAGCAUGGAAAAAGCUCUCUAACCCCUAACAUCUUCUCUCUCUCUCUAGAAACGCAAAACACACUUAAAAAGGAAGACCUGAAACCCUAGCCUUGCUGUUCAAGUAUCGAAUAUUGUCGAUUUGAAUCCGUGAAAUGUGCUUUUUGGAGAACGAUUGAUCGAGAAAGAGAACCGCGAGAUUGAGGAUUUAGACUUUGGAGAUAACACAAAUACAGUUUUGAUAUUGAUGAAGAAAAUCAAUCAAUGCCAGAGGAUUCCGAUCCUCUUUCUGCUCUGUUUCACUGUCCUCGCUCCUCUCCUAUUCGUCUCAACUAGGCUAAAAAACUUCACUCCCGGUCGGAAAGAGUUCGUUGAAGAUUUAUCGACUUUUAAAUAUCGGACAGAUACUGUAAAACUUAGAGCAAUUGAGCAGGAAGCAGGUGAAGACUUGAAAGGGCCCAAACUAUUUGUUUAUGAAAGAAAUAAUUUGGAUUCUGUAGUUAGUAACAGUUCCAGUAAUCGGAGGAAUGAUUCUAAGCAUUCUGAAAACAAUAAAGACAGAAGUCAUGCAGCAAGGCAAUCUAAAAGUACUGGAUACGUAUUUCAUCCUUUGCAUAGUAAUGGAACCAGCCAUGAAAGAAAAGAAGAAAACAAGUACAUUCAACCGGAAAGAGUAUCAUCCAUGUCAGAUGACAAGAGACAGUACAAUCAAUCAAGAAGCCGACAUAACCUGAAUUUGAGGACUCCAACACAUAGAGCAAUAGAUGUGAAAGUAAAGGAGAUGAAAGAUCAACUCAUUAGAGCCAAAGCAUACUUAAGUUCUGCACCACCAGGAAGUAAUUCUCAUUUAGUAAGAGAGUUGAGGGUGCGUAUAAGAGAACUAGAACGAGCUAUGGGUGGAGUCAUGUGGGACAAAGAUUUAUCAAGGAGUGCACUACAGAAAAUGAAGUCCAUGGAGGUUUCCUUGUCUAAGGCUGGUCAUGUUUUCCCACAUUGCUCCUCCAUGGCUACAAAGCUCCGUGCCAUGACUUACAAUGCUGAGGAACAAGUUCGAGCCCAAAAGAAUCAAACAACAUUUCUUAUUAAGCUUGCUGCAAGAACCACACCAAAAGCCCUUCACUGCCUUUCUAUGCAGUUGACAGCACAAUUCUUUGCCUUGCCACCAGAGGAGAGGCAGUUCCCUAACCAACAAAAACUACAUGAUGCAGAUCUCCAUCAUUAUGCUGUUUUCUCUGAUAAUGUCCUGGCUUGUGCAGUUGUUGUGAAUUCCACAGUAUCCUCUGCUAAGGACGCAGAGAAAAUUGUUUUCCAUGUAGUGACUGAUUCUCUCAACUUCCCAGCAAUCUCAAUGUGGUUCUUAUUGAAUCGUCCCGGCAAAGCCACAAUUCAUAUCCAGAGCAUAGAUAAUUUUGAUUGGUUGGCAGCCAAGUACAAUUCAACAUUGAGGCGGCAAAAUUCCCAUGAUCCAAGAUACGCUUCUUCACUGAACCACCUUCGGUUCUAUCUACCGGAGAUCUUCCCUCUGCUGAAUAAGAUUGUGUUCUUUGAUCAUGAUGUGGUGGUGCAAAAGGAUCUUACUGGACUUUGGAGUCUUAAUAUGAAAGGGAAAGUAAAUGGAGCAGUGGAGACUUGCCUGGAAAAUGAAGCCUCAUUUCGCCAGAUGGAUUUGCUCAUUAAUUUCUCAGAUCCAUAUGUAACAAAGAGGUUUGAUGCCAAGGCAUGCACAUGGGCAUUUGGAAUGAAUUUGUUUGAUCUGAAAGAAUGGAGGCGGCGGAAUUUAACUGCUCUCUACCAUAAAUACUUACAAGUGGGUUAUAAGAAGCCGCUGUGGAAGGCGGGGAGCUUACCAUUAGGUUGGGCAACCUUCUAUAAUCAUACAGUCACAUUGGACAGGAGUUGGCAUAGACUAGGGCUAGGUUAUGAGUUGGGCAUUAGACAGGAUAGCAUUGACCAAGCAGCAGUGUUGCACUAUGAUGGAGUCAUGAAACCAUGGUUGGAUAUAGGAAUUGCACGUUAUAAGAGUUACUGGACCAAACACGUCAACUAUGAUCAUCCAUACUUACAGCAGUGCAAUGUCCAUGGUUAAUUGAAAUCGGAGCAUGCAAGGGACGUUAUUAGUCUGCACAACAUCAUCAGUUGCUUCUUGUUUUAGGAAAUUAUGUUUGGGUUGAUUCUUUAACAAUUCCUUUUGUAAAUUUCAACUCUUUUUCUUUUUCCUUCAAAAGCCGGGGUAAUCUUCUAGUAGCUGAGUCAAUUUAUACUGGUCAUUGAAUUGAAAUAAGAGUCGGAGGUGCAUAUUCUUAUGCAGUAGUUGCUUAGUGUGUACAUAAUUCAAUUCAGGUAUUGGAUUUAGAUUCAAACAGAUAAGCAUUUGGAAAGAAGACUAAUGAGAAGAAAUUGCAUGUUCUACAUUAAAUGUACAUUAUAUUGCUUUUUGCGAGUAAUUUGUGUUUCCUUGAAGGCCA